UGACGGUCGAACAGGUCAUCUUCGUACUCGCCAACCGAAGGUUCCGUAGUUCAUUCCCCUCGCUUGGACGACCUUAUGCCACCAUCAUCGAGCCUGCCAACAAUACACCAACGUGGGUGACAGGGUGGCUCGGCGGCAUCGGUCCCAGACAUCUCAUAUCAGCCAUCCCAUCCCUUCAUAUACCAGAUCGCAACAUCUCAUAUGAUCCUCGUCUGAUGGGCGCGGGAUGUGACGACAGGGCCGGUGCACGUUGUAGCGAUUAGGUGCUCCAAUGCAGCCGAGAAAAAGCACAUACAUGUAGAGCUCAUGCGGGCUUCAAGCCCCACGUCGCAGGAUAAUGAGCGGCGGAGCGCGCCUAGGCUUUUCUUGCGCCUCCCGGCUCUAUUUGGAUCUGAUGUCCGCUCGCGAUCUCGGCGCCAGCUUCCGAAAUGGUCGCCUGCUCUCUGGCACCGUGGCACGGACGGGCGAUGCGCUGACAGGCGACACUGACAAGAACGGGCGGCGCGCCGUGAUAUGGUCAUUAACCGCCUGGCCGGGACAGGCGCCUGUCUCGUGA